AUGAUUUCUACUUUGGUUCGACCGGAGGAUAGUCUAAGAAUGCCUCGCUCAUAUCGAGACACUGAAGAGGAAGACGCGAACCGACACAGUCCCGAGCCAGCGGCGCCGUUAUCCUCGUCAUCCUCGACCACCGACGGGUCGAAUAAGAGCGAAGAUGAAGCCACGUUGGUGAACGGGUCUACCGGCGAUACCAGCAGCAGGCCGACAAAGUCGCGUGAAUCGCUUACGCCGGAGGAGACAAUCCAACUUGCGCGCCGAGCAGUAGAGAACGGGAUCCAGGAAACGAAACGGUCUUUGGCAGGAAGCGAAGCGGUCGGUGAUGUGGUCAAGCCGAAGCUGACCAUUGAUUUGGGCCACUCAAAUAUCAGUCGUAUACCGGAGCCGGUUGUGGAUAUUAUCAAGGAUGAAGUUGAACGGCUCUCGUUAUGGAACAAUCAACUGGUCCAUAUUCCUUACCGAUUCGCAGAGUGCUCUCAUCUUCGAUAUCUCAACGUCAGAUCUAACAACUUUCGUGAAUUUCCUAGAGGAGUGAUUAAACUGCCAUUACUGGAGAUUUUGGAUUUGAGCCGCAACAAAAUUAGCCAGCUUCCGGAGGAAAUAAAGAAAUUAACAUCUCUCCGAGUUCUGUCGGUGAUGCAAAACCGCCUUGACGAUUUACCACUUGGUGUGUCGGAUAUGAACAAGCUUCAGAUCCUCAAAGUAGCUGGAAAUCCACUGCGGUACCCGCUCCGCAAAGUAAUAGAAACAUCUGAGGCCGAGAUUACCUCCUCAAUGAUGAGCGAUAACGAAAAAGAAGUUGCUUUAACGGCUGAGCUUAAAAGGUAUCUUAAGGCGCGGCAACCUAUUAAUUCUAAUGAUUUUGAAUCAAACAACGAAAGUGAUGGCAUCUUGGACACUCCAAAACCCGUCAAACGGGGAGUGAGCAGUCGCUUCCCAGUGAUUCCAAGCACAGGCGACGGCGCUGACCCUAAAUCGCCGUCAUUAUCACGGCCACCUCCCAUCCCACUUAAAUCACAUUAUCGCAUUGCUUCUGGACAUGGCGGUGCUCUGCAAAUCCUCCAGCGUCCCGGUCCCAUACCUGGGGCUAAUGAGCGGAAUCGAAGUAAUAGCGAGGGUAUCAUUCAAGCCUCUUUUGCAACACGGUCCAAGCGCAUGGGGGUCAUCAGUCGAAAGAACACAGACUUGGGCACACUGGACGAAAUGCGGCCAUACCGCAAUAGUCACCUCCGUGGUCUCAGUUAUGGAUCUAUUCUUCGGACAAGGCCAUCUAUCAGCAACUCAUCUAGUCCGAGCAGCCCAAGAGAGCGCAGGCGGCCCAGAGAUGGAUUUGUGAAUCGGAUGUCGAGUCUACCAGAGCACAAGGGCGAGCGGGAAACUGAAAGCCCCAUAAUCGAAAGCGCCAAGGGAAUUCUUUUUGCCCUCUUUCAAGUCCAGUCUCAUGUCUAUGCCCUUAUAAAUGUCAUCAAGCGUGAUGAUUACCGGCGAAAUAGUCUCGAAAUUGUCUUUUACAACGCUUCCACUCAUGUGGACCGACUAAAUGAGGCGCUUGAAAAUGCAGAAAACUCACGAGCAGAUGAUGCGGAGCCAAUGCGAGCCUCCUACGAGGCUGUCAAGAGGGAAUGCGAGACGUGUAUCAUGGCGUACUCUCACGUCGGAACCCAGUUACGCAACAGCCUUGACAGAAUCGUUGCCAAUGGCGAUUCGCGCUACAUUCGCUCGCUGAUGCUUAUGAUAUUUGGUAGCGUGGUUGAGCUCCGCAACGCAUGUGCAUGCUUGGAGGUACCUGUUGGAAACCGACCGAGACCUACUGGAAGGCCACCAGUACCUGAGAUCAGCAGAGAAUCUGCGGAUUCAGAUAGAUACCACUGCACAACAGUCACCCCAACGCGGGGAAGAGAACCGUCCUUCUCCACUCGCCGGCUCCGUAGCGAUACAACAAUCUUGCAUCCACAAACUAAUAUGCAUGGGCCCCUGCCAGCCUCUGCCACAUUUCAGUCCGCCGUUAGCUCUCCAGGCUUCGCUCCCACUCCAUACAGCUAUGGAGCGAGGAGUCGGUCGAGCAGCAGGUCGAAUCAUGUCAACACAUCCGUACCCUCGUCCCUUGCUACUCCUCGGUCAGGCGAGUCUUUCCCUCCGAUGCCUACUUCGGUGAUACCUAAAAUAAACCCCUUGACCGGCUUGGACGAAAUAGAAGAGGAACGGAUCUUUGAGAAGAUUUUCUACCAACUUACCGCUGCUUACACCGCUGCUCUCCAAGCGCUACCUGUUGCCCGCCGUCAUUUUGCGAGGAACCUGGAGGUCGCGGAACAGAAUCGGGAAUUCGAAGAUAUCCAGAUGCUAUGGAACAACCUCAUUCACCGCUGCCGGGUUUGUCUGGAAGUAUCAGAAGCCCUCGGGCUUCGUUUGUCUAAUAUGAAAGUGAAGGAACCAGGGGGUGGAAUGCGGAACCAACGAGAGUUCUGGCAACUAUGCAAAGCCUUUAUGCAGUCUUUUGUCGAACUGGUGACUGACAUGCGCGAAGUACGGAGCAUGCACUUACUCCCAUCUGAAGUAAUCGUGAUUCUUCGGCCUGUGCAGAAGGCCAGCAGGGAAGCAGGUCGCUUGAUCGAGGCUUCUCCAUGGUCAUAUCUUGCAGACAUGGCUCCCGGGAACGGCCCCCCGGCCAUAUACGGACCACCCUUGCCGUCCCAAACUUCACAUCAGCAGCAGCAGCAUCACCAUCACCAUCAACAACAUCACCCUCAGCUCAACACAAGCAUGUCACCUUCUGUUGCGCUUCCCGCAACCCCCCUUAGCGCUGCUCUGGGCCCAGCGGCGCAAGCAACAAUACCUUCGACACCUGCAAGUGCCUACAGCGAUAAGUUCUUCGAGGGUGACGUCUUUCAACGAGCCGACUCCUUGCUUUCAAUGCCAAAUCAGGCGCCAUUCUUCUCGCGACGGUGA